AAAACAAAUCAGUUUGAAAUUGACAAUAUAUCGUAGCAGUCGCCUUGAGAUGAAAUUCGUGGCCAUUCUUCUGAUGAGCAUUCUUACCAUUGCGAUGGUGGUGGCAUUUCCUGAUAACGACGAUGCAGAUGCUGUUGUGCCAGCUGGUGGCCAGCAUGCUCUUGCACUGGCCAGUCCGGCAGAUGAGGGAUCCGCGGAUUCAUCGCCAUCAGCAGACCAGAGCUCUAACAGCAUUCGCCGGCCUCGUCAUCUUCUAGGCAAACUCUUACAUCCCCAGCCCGUGGUGGUGCAGCCCAUUAUUGUAAGUCCAGGGGUCUAUCCCCGGCAGUUUCCUGGAGCAUAUUCCGGAUAUGGGGCGCCCUAUCCGUACUACAACGAGGGUAGAUCUGGGAAGUAUUGGUAGCGUGGAUACUUAAGACGUGUUUGUAGAGAAUUUGUAUAAAUAAAUAUGAUUUCACUUAAAAAUCAA